CGGUAGUCAGUUUCAUUGCAACAAAUUUUUGAAUCAGUUGGGAGAAUCGGACACCGCCCCUCCUGAAACGACGUCGCACCUCCGCGCCGGAACGCCGCUCCAAUAUUCAAUGUCAAUGUCGACCUCAUCGCUCUCAACUCAAACGUUCGGUUUGCCGUGGCCCGAUCUCAACGACGGCUUGUCGUACAACGACGUCGUCAAAUCCUCCGAUUCCGAAUUGACACUGAUCGAGUUCUACUCCAGCAAGUACAAGAGCUCAGCUCCGUUGCAAGGUUGGUUGCAGAGAAUCCGAAACGGACAGAUAACAGUUGAUGGGGAAGUUGUUAGAGAUUCGGAUACGAUUCUCAGGGUUGGUUCGGAAUUGGUAUAUCAUAGACUUCCGUGGGGAGAGCCGGAUGCGCCAUACUUGCUUGAGGUUUUGUAUGAGGAUGAUGAUAUGAUUGCUUUGAAUAAGCCGGGCGGGCUGCAAGUUUUACCUGGAGGUCUUUUCCAGCAACGGACAGUUCUAACACAGCUCCUAUGGCGGGAGUCUCAGAAAUUCGAUCACUUAGCAUGCCAAAAAUCACAUCUUGUUCCUGUUCAUCGCCUAGGAAGGGGGACUUCAGGAAUACUGCUAUGUGCAAAGACGAAGCAUGCCAAAACUCAACUUGCCGCAUAUUUUGCUGAUGGGACAUCCCACAUUGGAGAUGACAGCACCACCAACACGAAGCUGCAUACAACCAGGAAAAUCACAAAGAUAUACCGGGCACUAGUAACUGGGAUAAUUUGUGAGGAUGAGGUGAUUGUCAAGCAGCCAAUUGGAACUGUGCGAUAUCCUGGUGUGGCUAAAGGGCUGUAUAUUGCUUCUCCGGCAGGAAAACCAGCUCUGAGCAAAGUAGAAGUUCUUGACAGGGACAUACAGAAAAACCACACAAUUGUACAGGUUGAGAUUCAGUCAGGGAGACCACAUCAAAUUCGCAUUCAUCUGUCUUUCAUAGGACAUCCCUUGCUAGGAGAUCCUCUAUAUGUUGCUGGUGGACAACCAAAGUGCUUGGGAUCUGACUUAGUUGAUGAAAGUUUUGCAGAUGACGGAGGGUUCAAGAGGCCUACAAAGCCUGUUCCUGGAGAUUGUGGUUAUAAUCUGCAUGCUCAUCAAGUGGUACUCUCUCACCCAUCAUCCAAUGAGGUAAUCAAAAUCACAGCACCUCUCCCACUUGUCCUUCGGACUCGAGAAGAGAUUGAAGAACUUAGGCAGUAGCACUACCAAGAGCGUUAAGUGUGAUGCUUACAGUAGGAAACAAAACAAUGAAAUAUUCAACACUAGGGCAAAAGCCAUUGAGGAAUCAUUGAUGCUCCAAUCUCUGUAUAUUAACCUGGAAUUCUGCCCUGAAACUAGUGAACGGAGAAAGAUUGUGUAUAAAUCUUUGCUACAAGG